AUGCAUCUUGAGUCCAUGGGAAUCUCAAAUUCUAUAUAUGAAUUUAAUAAUUGCUUGGCACAAGACAAAGCAAAAGCACAAGUUUUUCUUCGUAAGCAUAUUGAUGAAAUGUUAAGAUUUGAAUAUCUUGAUGUUACUGAUCCAAGUAUUCUCUGGAAUCUUUUGAAAGAGAGAUUUGAUCAUCAAAAGGAAGUUAUACUUCCAAAUGCUAGAGAUGAAUGGAGAACACUGAGGUUUCAAGACUUCAAGAAAGUGAAUGAAUACAACUCAUCUUUGUUCAGGAUAUGUUCACAACUCAAGUAUUGUGGACAAGAAGUUACUGAUGAAGAUAUGUUGGAGAAAACUUACUCCACAUUUCAUGCGACAAACAUUACCUUGAUGCAACAAUAUCGGAUGCAAAAGUUCACAAUAUAUUCUGAACUAAAUGCAUGCCUGCUUGUUGCAGAGCAAAACAACGAGCUCUUGAUGAAAAACCAUGAAUCUCGUCCAACAGGAUCAGUAGCACUUCCUGAAGCAAAUGCUAUAAAUACUGAUGGUCAUCGAAACAAUACACGUGGACGAGGGCGUGGUCGUGGCUAA